AUGUACACUGUCCUUAUGGACAAGUUUGCCAAUGGUGACCCUUCAAAUAAUCAGUUCUUCAACUCCCCAUACAAAUGGGAUUGGAGAGAAACCCAACUUCAUUUUGGCGGUGACCUCAAAGGUCUAAUCUUGAAAUUGGACUACAUCCAAGGCAUGGGCGUCAAGGCCAUAUAUCUCUCAGGUACAAUAUUCUUGAACAUGAUAUGGCAAGCCGAUAGUUAUUCUCCUCUUGACUUCUCCAUUUUGGAUCCUCAUUGGGGUACUAUUGAUGAUUGGGUAAACUUUGUCGACAUCCUGCAUGCACACGGCAUUCGGAACCAUGUCCGAAGGGUCAUUAAUGAGCAUAAUACUUCUUGCCAACUUCCCGUCUUUUGGCAAGAUGAUGGAACAAUCCAGCCUGUAAUGGGACAUGACGGUUGUUACGAGUCUGACUUUGACCAAUAUGGUGACAUGGACGCUUUUGGUCUUCACCCGCCUGGCAGCGACCGUCUCCGCAAAUGGAAGCCUUCCAUUAUGGACAAACUCACUACCUUCUCCUGCAUGACCACCACAGCCCUUGAUAUUGAUGCCAUUCGUGUCGACAAGUCCACACAGCUCACCAUCAAUGGCCUAACCGCUUGGGCAUCUGCAACUUGUGCUUGCGCCACUAAUCUUGGAAAGAAGAACUUUUAUAUCACCAGUGAAGUCACUGGCGGUGACACCUUUGGGUCCCUAUACCUUGGAUGUGGCCACACCCUGACUAUAUUGCCCCCCUGGAUUUUUCCAUUGUCGAAUGGCCUCGACGGCUACGUGUUCCAUUACUCAAUAUACCGCUCCCUCAUCCGUUUCCUUGGAGUGGACGACAAAUUGGUCCUCACGUCUGAUCUCAACACCAACUUUAUCACCGCUUGGAAUCAGAUGCUCGUGACCAACGACUUCUUGAAUCCAGACACCGGCCUCGCCGAUCCAAAGCAUUUAUUCAGGAACAAGCAAUUUUGA